GUGGUUCUCCAGGUGUUCUCUCAGGAGUACAUCAACCUACUGCUGUCCGUCUACUUCUUUGUUCUGGGGGUUCUGGCUCUGUCUCACACCAUGAGUCCUCUGAUGUCCAGGAUCUUUCCAGCGUCUUUCCCCAACAAGCAGUACCAGCUGCUGUUCACUCAGGGCUCCGGAGAGUCCAAAGAAGAAAUCGUCAAUUAUGAGUUUGACACCAAGAACCUGGUUUGUCUGCUGAUCAGCAGCGUGGUGGGAGUCUGGUACCUGCUCAAAAAGCACUGGAUCGCUAACAACCUGUUCGGCCUGGCGUUCGCCCUGAACGGUGUGGAGCUGCUGCACCUCAACAACGUCAGUACCGGCUGCAUCCUGCUGGGGGGGCUGUUCGUCUACGACGUCUUCUGGGUGUUUGGGACCAACGUCAUGGUGACGGUGGCCAAAUCGUUUGAAGCACCAAUCAAACUGGUGUUUCCUCAGGACCUGCUGGAGAAAGGUCUUAAUGCCAGUAACUUCGCCAUGUUGGGACUUGGAGACAUCGUCAUCCCGGGAAUCUUUAUCGCUCUGCUGCUGCGCUUCGACGUCAGCCUGAAGAAGAACAGCAGGACGUACUUCUACUCCAGCUUCCUGGCCUACAUCUUCGGACUGGGCCUCACCAUCUUCGUCAUGCACACCUUCAAACACGCUCAGCCUGCUCUGCUCUACCUGGUUCCGGCCUGCGUCGGGUUCCCCGUCAUCGUAGCGCUGUUCAAAGGAGAACUCACAGAGAUGUUCAGGUACGAGGAGUCUUCACCUGAAGAGGCGGGGUCUACAGAUGAGUCAUCAGAAUCAGAGAAGAAGGACCAAUAGGAUCCAUCGCUGCCCCCCCUCCGCCCCCCUCCAUCUGUCAUCCGCCACAUUUCACCGAAGCCCCGCCCCCCUCACCUGUCCAGCUUCCUGUUUGGGGACUUGGGGCUCGUGUUGCCAACGCGUUUGUCUCUGAUCACCAUGGGAACGGCCGCUGGUGUCUAUGGCAACGGCUGCUGCCUGCCGGCGGCGGCGUCUGAAGGUCCGGCGCCUGCUGGCAUCAUCACAUCACGUGUUCGCAGCCCGCCACCUCUGGUUGGCCAGAAACUGUCUGCAGGAGCGUCGGUGAACCGGCGCUGCUCACAUUUAAUUUAGUCGCUUUGCAUCUAACAGAACCGGGUUUCCUGAACGCUGCGGUUCUUCUGCUUCUGCUCUCACUGCUGCUCCUUUGCUUCGGUUCCGUCUCAGGCCCAACUUCAAGACGAGCUCGGUCUCCUCUGAAUAAAUGUGACCGUCGGGUCUGUUCCACAUCCUGAGCUUCACCGUCUGUUUCCCUCCAUUAAAAUACAAACCCAGAGACACAAACGUCUGAAGCCCGGUUCUACUGCAGUGGGACGAUUCAUUCUUUGUCAAUGAAUGCUGAGCUGCAGUGAAACAUCUGGCUUCUGGGCAGACGAUGGUCUCAGUGACUCAUAGUUCCUGAUUAGGAUUAUUGGUUGUAAAAGACGUUGAUAGCUGAUAGAAAUCUAAAGUAAAACUGAAAACCACAAACUGCAGCACCAAACCUUGAAACGGGUCAUUUAAAUCUGUUGAGUCCGAAACCUUAAAGCAGCCAAAGACUUAACGAAAGAGAACAAAACAUUUAUUCCAGCUGAAACUUGGACGUUCACAAACGACCAAAGUGUCAAACUGACAGAGAAAAGGUCAGAAGGUUUGACUGCAGCUCAGUGAAAGAUCUGAGCUCAGUGUGACCGACGUCAGCACAGCGUUUAUCAGGAAUCACUUUAACAGCAGAGAAACGUUUAGUUCACUGAUGACUUUGUUAGUUGGACACAUUCAGCGUCUGGAGGCUGGAAAAUUAAAAUGCGCAGGCUUCAUCAGAACUUCUGGAUUUGUUCGGUGAAGUCAGGUUCAGUCUUGAAGUCGUGGCCUGUGGAUGAAUGUCAGGCCUCAGUCUCUCUCCUGAUUGGUCGGUGGGCUGAGGGGCGGAGCCCUGCAGCUGCCUUGUCCAAUCAGCUGUGAGCCUGAGACCAGGCGGCGAAGCACUGGAGGGUUUUCACAGAAGCAUCCUCAGACUGAUCUGAACUUCAUGUUGGUACGGGAGUUUCACUUUAUUAAUCAUAUCAGUACGUUUCAGUUCUUGUUUGUUUGGAUUGUUUAGGAGGAAUUAAAACUCUUUCCGUUAAAUAACUAACAAGAGUUGCUGGAGUCAACAGAAGGAGAAUUUUUACAUUUUCCUGAUCAAUGAACUAAUUAUUUUCCCCCUUUUUGUUUGUAAAGCUUUAAAGUGGAAGGCAGAUCCAGUCAGCGUUGUCAGGUCCGACCAGCAAAUUAGAAAAGUGGCCAAACUUACGGCUAGGAGUCAGAGUUCUGCUGUUAAAGCCAGUUAAACGCCACGUUCUCAAAGGAACUUGAGUCUGCUGCUGGAAACUCCAUUUCCCAUGAUGCAUCUUCAGAAGAACUGACUGUAAAGCUGAUAGUACUUAUUUCACUGAUUGGGAGGAUUUUGUGAUGAUCUCACCAGAAGCCUCAGUCAGAUGGAAGGUGUUUGUGAUGUUGUUCACUGUUAGCAGUUCAGACCCGACGUGUUUGGAUGCCUGAGAAAACUCUCCAACAGACAUUCAGCCUCAUUAAUAUUCUCUGUUAUUGAUGUGAAUGCUUUAUUAAGAGAUGCACAGUUUUGUAUUUUGAUGUAAAAAUAAAACCGGUUCAUGCUCAUAUUCAGCUCAGUGAAGUUCAGUCGCUCCUCCUAAUUUUAAAUCUGAUGUAUCUGAAAUGUUUUUUUUUCUCUUCUUCUUCUCUGGUUGUAUUUGUGCAGGAGGUCGUUUUACGGCUCCGACUGUAUCUUGUUUUAUUUGCAAUAAACUUUUUGGUGUUUUGAUCACCGUAUAGAGAAGCAAAA